AUGGCCAGCGGAGACGGCGCAGUGCAAACCGGACGGGUCCCCGUAGGUCUAAACUGAUGUGACAGGGAAUCUUUUGUGUUAGCGCUUUCAUGACAUGGCGUCAUAAAAUGCGUGAAAAGGGCGCGAAAAAUUGAAUUCAAAUCAGAAACUGAUGGGGGUGUUUUAGAAAAUGUUUCCUUUAUCAUUUGAAUGACAAUAUCAAUUUAAACUUGGUUCUCUGAAAAAGUAUAUUUUUUGAACUUAAAAUAAUAUUUGUUUUAUUUUUGACCUGGUUUUGAGGGCAUCCCGUGUUUCUCAUUGAACGCGCAGACGUCUGAAAAUAGAUGUAAAACGGAAUUCCGUUUUACAUUUAUACGGAACAGUUGCUUCGAAACCAUCAUGAGUGCCUCAGAAGGAGCUGAAUAGGUUCCGCUAAAAGCUCCUAUAAAUUUAUGGCAAGAAGUCUUCUGAGCUCCUUUUUCAUUUAGAACCCUUCUAGUUGCUUCCCAGAAUCUUUCUUUAAGAGAAUAUGAAAAAAAUUCUUGAGAUACAAUAAAGAAAUUGAAAAAAAUUUUUUUGGUGACCCUUCUGAGGCCUAAGAAGCUGUUUUAAAAAGUUUUUCAAAAGGGACUUUUGAGGAGCUUUUUCGUUUUUUCCGAGAUUUCAGGUUAGAAUGAGUUUUUUUUAUUGAAGCAAAAUGUCCCUUCUUUUCAAAAUUUAACAUUUUCUUUCACUACUCGGACCUCGGUAACGCAAACCAAAAAGAAAAAAAAAUCUAAUUAAAGCUUCGCACUCUUACUUGAAACGUUCAGAAAAAAAACACCCGGAACGCGUCCGGUUUGCGUUACCGAGGCUCUCACGGAGAGCGCCGUGAGAGUUUAUCUCCGACUCUCCGAAAUUCGGUAAUCUUUUCACAGCUAUUUCGCGUAACUGCUAUGUUCACGACAUUAGGAACGGCGUGUUGGGCAUUCUCUCAGAAUUCUCUCCUUUUUUAAGCAAAAAUUUAACGUAUUUGACCUUAGUCAUAUUUUGCAGAGCUUUGGAGAAGUUAUGGAUGAAGCUGAUCUUUACGACUUGGCUUUUUCGUCUGAUAUUGGUUAGCUGUCUCAUUGCGAAACAAAAAGGUUUUUCUUUUUAGAUCAGGUGGUCAAAGAAACACCCGUCUGCACCAUUCCUACGGAAAUCUCUGAUCUUGUCAGUGCCUACAAGGCUCAUACUACGAUUGGCUGUUGCUCAUAAAAAACCCUUUCAGAAGAAAAACGAGGUGAAAAAGUAUGCGAAACUUCUACGCGACUUGAUCAUCGUCGCGAGGAGAAAAGUGAAAAGCUUAGAAACUGAAAUCUUGAAUCUUAAUCUUAAGUAAGUUCAUAUUCGAUAUUUUCUCAUUAAUAUAUUCUUCUAAGAUUGGAAGCUAGUGGAGCAGUGUGCUGUCCCAACUGCACACAUUAUUUCAAAGAUCGUCAGUGCACUUUAACUCCGAAAUAUUCGAAAGUAACAUUUAUAAAAUAUGGAAAAUAGAAUUUUCUGUUCAGAUUUUUCGAGCAAGCAACCGCGUAGAGUUAGAGUUCAAUUCUCUCGAAGAUUUAAACGUCUGGUUACACCUCAAUAUGCUAGACGUCAAUUCUGACGGUCUGCCAACAUUAAUGCCUGCGGCAAAGACGGAAAAUAAGACGUUGAAGUCGGUCUCUAGCAAGCUUCCUGAACUUGUCAAUCUUCGCUUCGCCGCGGAAACGAGAAACGAACCGCCUGAAAUUGUUAAAAAGGCGGAAAGUUUCCAAAAAACAAUAUGUCAGCCGGACGCUAAACGGCAAACAAAGAUUGAGCAGUGUGGUAGCACGAACAACAAGAAACAUGUCGAAUGUCGAUCGGUGGAAAAAAGCGCUUCGCAGUUUGGAACGAAAUCUUUUGACAAACAAUUAACCGCUCGGAAAGAACUCAUUAGUUCACAAGGUGGGUAAUUAUUUUGAGAUCAAAAAGGUUAGGAUCGGCGUGCUUCAGAAUUUUCCUACUCAUAAAGUUAAAUCACAAAAUAUUUAAAAAAUAAAACCAAAAAACAAAUAAAUUGAACAGAAAGUUUCUCGUCUUCGAAUGUAUAAGAAAAAGAAAAAUAAAGCUACGAUAUAUUUACUUAUCACUGCUAAUCAUGGAGGUUUUAGAAAAUCACAAAAUUGUCGAGGCGGACAUUUCAAGCAAAAGUCGAAGAAGAAGCAGUCCUCAUAGAAGUAAUCGGAAUAGGGAUAUAAUUUCAAGAGAAUCAAACCGCAAAGUUUUGGUGAGACAUUGGAACUCUUGCUGAAAAAUUUGCAUGUUGCUUCAGAAUUCUGUCCAUUCCACUGGCAACAGAAGGGAGAACGCUCGUUCCGAAAAGCGAGAGAGAAGUCGAAGUCGCUCAGCUCAUCGCGACCGUAACUCCUGUUAGUUACUUUUUUUGACUUGGCUCAAUGUGCAGAAACCUCGAUUUCAAAAGAUAGAGCAAUUAUUUGGAAAUAAUCGGAUUUUUAAAGAUUCAAAAUGUCCUUUUUAUAGUCCAAUAAUACAUAACUCAUUAAGUAAGGCCUUCAGAUCAACCAAAAUCUUCGCGAAGAGACUUUGGUAAUGAAUUUUCUCGUAGAGAUGAACUACGACCAGAUCGGACUCACAGGGAAAGUCGCUCUUAA